AUGUUGACCCUCCGAGCAAUUUCGGCCCCUGCGCGCCGCCAAUGCUUCCGCGCAGCUCCCCGUAGGUUCUACUCCGAGAGGGUCGCCAAGUUCACAGGCCAAAAGGAUGCCAGUGGAAACUACCCCGUCUCCCUCAUUGAGGGUGAUGGUAUUGGACCGGAGAUUUCGCAAGCCGUGAAGGACAUUUUCGCUGCCGCCAAGGCUCCCGUUUCUUGGGAACCCGUCGAUGUUACCCCCGUCCUUGUCGAUGGCAAGCAGACCAUUCCUUCAGAGACCAUUGAAAGCAUCCAAAGAAACAAGGUUGCCCUGAAGGGUCCUCUUGCUACUCCUGUUGGCAAGGGUCACGUCUCUCUCAACCUCACCCUGCGACGAACCUUUAACCUCUUUGCCAACCUGCGUCCCUGCCGAUCCGUUGCAGGCUACAAGACCCCCUACGACAACGUCGACACCGUCCUGAUCCGAGAGAACACCGAGGGUGAAUACUCGGGCAUUGAGCACGUCGUUGUCGAUGGUGUCGUUCAGAGCAUCAAGCUCAUCACCCGCGAGGCCAGUGAGCGCGUCCUGCGAUUCGCCUUCCAGCACGCCCAAGAGAUUGGCCGCAACAAGGUCCGCGUUGUCCACAAGGCUACCAUUAUGAAGAUGUCCGAUGGUCUGUUCCUCAAGAUUGGCCAGGAGAUUGCCAAGGAGUUCCCUGGCAUCGAGUUCGAGUCCGAGCUGCUCGACAACACCUGCUUGAAGAUGGUUACCGACCCCCUUCCCUACAACGACAAGGUUCUCGUCAUGCCUAACCUGUACGGUGACAUUCUCUCCGACAUGUGCGCCGGUCUCAUCGGUGGUCUGGGUCUUACCCCCUCGGGUAACAUUGGUGACGAGUGCUCCAUCUUCGAGGCUGUCCACGGUUCCGCUCCCGACAUUGCUGGCCAGGGCAAGGCCAACCCCACUGCCCUGCUGCUCAGCUCCAUGAUGAUGUUGAGACACAUGGGUCUUAGCGAGUACGCCGACAGAAUCGAGAAGGCCACCUUCUCUACCCUGGCCGAAGGAAAGGCCUUGACUGGUGAUCUGGGCGGCAAGGCCAGCACAUCCGAUUACGCAGGCGCUAUCAUUUCCAAGUUGUAG